GGAAGUGUGUGAUUGCGCCGCUGGCUCCCCCUGCUGGCGAGUGUGACGCGCCGCACGAUGCGCCUUUUGGCAGCCUGGGGGCGGGGCUUCCGGGUCAUGGGGGCGUGGUCUGUUCGAACAGGUAGAACAGGCUGCGGUGAAGGAAGUCAUCCGGUGCCAAAGUGAAGAGGAGUGGACAUUUGAAGAAGGAGGAGGAGAAGGAAACAUGGCCGUCAACAAAUGCAUCAAAUAUCUUCUCUUCAUUUUCAACCUCCUUUUCUGGCUGAGCGGCUGCAUCAUCCUGGGCGUGUCCAUCUACCUGAAAGUCAGCAAGGAUGGCAACUCGAUCACAAACGAGUCUCUUCCUGGCGUCGACCUGCUGAUCGCCGUCGGCGUCAUCAUCAUGGUGCUGGGCUUCCUGGGAUGCUGCGGCGCCAUCAAAGAGAACCGCUGCCUGCUGAUCCUGUUCUUCGUCAGCCUCCUCAUCAUCUUCAUCCUCCUGCUGGUGGCAGGAAUCCUGGGAGCAGUGGGCGAGAAGAAGGUGAAGGAGUGGGUGAAGGAGCGUCUGCAGAAGUUCUUGCCGCUGUCGAAUCAGCCCGAGGAUGUGAGGAAAGAUCUGGAAAAACUGCAGGAAGAGCUCAAAUGUUGCGGACUCAUCAACGGAGCGUCUGACUGGGACACCAUUCCCGCCUCGUGCCGCUGCACCCCCACAGAGUCCGAUUGCAGCGCCACCGGCGUGUAUAGCACGCCGUGCUCCAGCCAGAUUGUCCGUCUGUUGGAAAAAAACAUGGAGGUGGUGAUCGGAAUCGCAUUCGCCAUCGCCAUCCUGCUGAUCGCUGGCAUGGUCUUCUCCAUGAUCCUCUACUGUCAGAUCACCAAGGAGAACGUCACCACGGCCUGAACACGCCCCUCAGUGGGCCCCCGGACAACCCUAUGCUUUUAUUUUGAAGGAAUGUUUGGACUUGAACUCCAUUUUUUUGAUUUGUGUUGUUUUUCAUGCAAAUUUGUUGGAAUGUACCGGAGGUGACACGUGUAAAUAUAACAGGACCACAAAAGAUGACCAAUAAAAUGUGCUUUUUUUCCAAUUAUAAAAGUUAUAUUUUAGACGAUCCAA